GUCAAAGUACGAGGGAGAACGCGUUCUGCCCGCCCACCCCCGAGCUUUCCGUCUCUCUUUCUCACUCUCGUUCGCUCUCCUUGGCCGAUUCAACCCCUCCAAUCUCGCGACCUUUCUCCCUCUUUCUCUCUCUUUCCCUCUGACUUCCGGCGGGGGCCACGGGCCGCGUUUCGCCGUGGGCACAACCCGGGCCACGGGCCACGAGCCACACGGGCCACGCGGGCCUGCCUGAUACAACAUCCAGCACGCGACGACACGCUACCGUCACCUUCUCUCCCCUCCUCUCAUUCUCGUCCCGUCCCUCUCUCUUUCUCUCUUUCUCUCCCUCUCUCCCUCUCUCUCUCUCUUUCUCACUCCGGCGUACACACACGACGCGUACGACCGAGUCAAGAGUAGAUACGGGCGGUGGCAGAGGGUACGGGGGACCUGACCGAAAGCAAAGCCCGUAACCCCCGUUUGCGGGCCGAGCCCACUUCAGACACGCCGUGUCCUCCGCGUGGUCCACAUCAUCCUGUCCUGACCGUCUCUCUUUCUUUCUCGCUUCCUCCUUGCACGUUUCAUCUAUCUCCCUUUAUCUCUUUCGCUCUGUCUCUUUUGCGCGCGCGCUCACGCGCGCGUGUGCAUCUCUCGCUGCGCUCUCGCGCCCUUGCCUCGCGCGUUCUGCUCGUCAGUACCUGUACCUGUGCCGCCGCGUUCUCCCUCCUGCCUGGUCGACGCUCCUCGUCCUCCUCGAGCGCGUUCGCCGAGCGGCCGACCGCAGUUUGCGGUCUUCACCGCGAGUUUGCCCUCGCGUCGCGCGGACUCGCCACUCCGCCGGCUACCAGGAGUAACUGCACGUGCUCCGCGCCACGGGUGCAAGGUGAUGAGCGCCGGCCUGCCGAGAAGAGGAGGAAAUCGCAACGGUCAAGGAAUCGCAAGGAAAGCGACUUUCGACGAUGACGACUUUUCCCGAGGAAGUCGCAAGUUGAAGAACGCGUGGUUGUAACAGUGAGUCCAACUAACAAGUGGAAGUGGAACCGAACAAGGACACUGUUAACGAGAUUCUUUGACGAGGAACGUUUGACCCGGAGGCAGAUCGACCGAUAAGAUUUUACAUUGGGAUAUUGCUUCUGUGCGAUCAGUCACGAGAGUGCGAUCCCACUGAUGGGACGGUUAAACUGUGAUCUUGAUAAUUGGUCGGACCUUUAAAGGAGCCAAGGAAUGCGUGCGUUCUCCGAGUAAAGAAGGUACGUCCAGCUCGCGAUCUCAUCAAGGACGACCGUUUGCACAUUGCGCGACGGAAUAAAAAAUAGAGGACGUACGACGGAGGAAGGAAGCGCCAGGAUAAAUAGCCAGGAUCAUCGGUUCGCACGAAAGGUGGUCGUUGGGAGAAAUCUUUCUCUGUCAUUUGAAACGUGCCCUCGCUCCCCCUUUCGCUUUUUCUAUCCGUCUUUCUGGCUUUCGUGUCGCGUCCAUCUCUUGUCAUUACCGUGAAAACGGAGUCACUUCCUGCGCGAGACAAUCCGCGUGACGCACGUCAGGACGACGGCGUUUCACGCUACGAUUCGAGGUCCGCGACGUAACGUACAACGUCGGUGAAUUAAGUCGAGGACGAGAAAACAGCAAGAACGACACCGGGGAAGAUUGAGGACCGAGGGAGCGAAGAAAACUGUGGGAAAACCUUCGACACGAACCUAGUGACGAGGUCCACGAGGAGAUCGGAUGCCAUUCGGAAGCUGAGGAGACCGUAACCGCGGACCGAUACCAUAAAAAAAUCAACAGAUACGGCACGUGACCACGGCCCGUCGCCAUGCCGCACACUGGACAAGCCGGGGUGAAUCAAUUAGGCGGCGUCUUUGUGAACGGCAGGCCGUUGCCGGACUGCGUGCGCCAGAGAAUCGUGCAGCUCGCCAUGGUCGGCGUCAGGCCGUGCGAUAUCUCCCGACAGCUACUCGUGUCCCACGGCUGCGUCUCCAAGAUACUCACGAGAUUCUACGAGACGGGAAGCAUCCGACCCGGCAGCAUCGGCGGAAGCAAGACGAAGCAAGUAGCUACGCCGACGGUGGUGAAAAAGAUUUUACGGAUGAAACAGGAACAGCCGACGAUGUUUGCCUGGGAGAUCCGCGAGCAGCUCGCGCGACAGGGAGCUUGCGAUCCCCAGAGCUUACCCUCCGUGUCGUCGGUGAAUCGUAUUCUCAGAGGUGGCGGGCUUCACACCGACAUCCCGGCCCUCGAGAGCGGCGCAUCCGGCGGAUACACAUCGCAAAUGCCAUCGAACGCUGGAGCUAGAGAUGCACUCAUGAGAACGGAUUAUCAGCUAUUCUAUCCGGGUGCUUUAGGACCACUGCAUAUUUCUACGAAUACCGGCAAUACCGGUACGCCGUCGUGGAAUCAGAGCUUCUACUCAUCCCUCUAUCAAGCGACGACCUUGCAUUUGCAGCACGGCAUGCAAUCCUUCGCACCUUUAGAUGCCGAACGUUUGUCGGAACAGAACGGCGCGCAGAAUCAGCUGGAGCUGAAAUCGAGCUCGAGCUCAACGGCCGGUAGCGACGAUUCUCUGGAUAAAAGCGACCUGGAUGAGAAUCUAGUCGAGUCGCAGGACCACUACAAGUCCUUUCGGAGCACGCCGAUUAUCCUGGAGCUCAGCCAGAAAAUCGGUAGCGAUCGGAGCGCGUUUGUUAGGCACGGCACGCCCAAUUCACACGUCACGAACUCGGACAAUCCGCGCGAGAGCCCUGUAUCGAUCAUCGAGACGUCGAAGCGGGAUCCUCCGGCGUCGCACAGGAUUCACGAGACGAAGAACGCGAGUCCAGGUACGACGAUGACGACGAACGAGGGAGCGGCGAAUCAGCCGCCGCAGCCGCAAAAGAAGAAGAAUCCCUACUCGAUAGAGGAGCUGCUCAAGAAGGACGAGAACAAAUCCGCGUCCAGGAGGCCGCGACUGCCCAACAUCGGCGUGGUCCAACCGUGCGGCAUCAUCGUGAGCAAGGAACUCUAAGGAUAUCGAUCUCAUUUAAGGACGUCGAGCGCUCAAAAAGCUAAUAUCGGAGAAAAUGCACGUUGCUUCGCGUUACAAACUAUAAUCGAGAUUCCCCAGCAAUGAAUUUUUCCUGCUUGGAUGAACGUUAUUGCAGUGUGAGCAUACGCCGUUGGCCAUAGGUACGUGUACGUAGUAUUAACGGGUGCAAAGAAAAGCCGUUGAUGAAAGUUGAGUAGCAGAAGAUUUGAGUACCACUGUUACGACAUGUGUACUUGAAAGUAAUUUCUUUGCACCUGAUGAGCCCUUGCGGAUACAGUGAGAGUAGCAAAUGUCCUAGGUGUCUAACUUAGAGUAUUGACUAAGGAGUUUGAUAGAAGAGUUUGAAAGAUAAUUGUUGAAGCUCCUCCUUCCUUCAAGAGUACGAGAAACAGAGACAGAGAGAUCGUGGCUGUUCUGUGAAGUAAAAUAAAAAGAUAACGCCAUAUGUAAUAUUAGAAUGGAAAAAUCGUAGUGUUGACCAUAACGUAGCGAAGUACAUGUAAUCCUCGUGUAAGUUAACUUAUAAUUAAAUUAUUUUCAUUCCUCCCGUUCCGCGUUGCUAAUCCCGACCGCCGUUUCUCGUCGGCGAUCGGUACACGGCUGUUAACUGCUUCGAGACUCUAAGAUUUCGCUUAACGCUGGGUAAUUGCGUACGGCUGGCUUUUAAGACCGACCGAAAAGAAAAAGAGGCGCUUGGAAAUCCGGGAGAAGUUUCCAAUACUUUCACUGAUUUAUCUCGAAUGGUCGAUCGCGAAUCACGCUGGCGGUGAAAUAUCAAUUAACGUUGCCAGUCUUCCUCAGCGAGCGGUAAUUAUCAUGCCGACGUAACGCAUAAAAAAUUCCUGGCACUUCCAGGCCAAUCGCGUCACGCAAUAAAAUUCAACACUUGUACAUUCCACCUUUCGCGACGAGUCUAAGACGUAAAUUCGCGCCCACGUAAUGACCGGCGUCGAACGCACGGAGAGAUGGGGGAAAAGUCUCGGACGGCGGAAAUGUUUUAAAUCUAGCUUAGCUCGCUCGCGCUUGAGAGGUCGAUGGAUUCCUGAAAUGCGCAUCUUUGGCGGCCCGCUCGGCGACGGUAUCACUGCUCCUCGGGAGAGACCGUCGAGCAGGCAAUUAUGCGCGUUCGCGUCCCCAUUGUAGUUCGCACUUUAGAGCCCGACGCGAAAUAGCCGCGCGAUGCCGUUACACACGGCGGCGCGGGAAUCGGGCAAUUAAAUGAAAGCCUAAUAAACAAACGGCUGUAAAGCACACGGAGAUGGAGAUGUACACGUAAGAAGCCGCGGUGGCGGCGCAGUAAAGCCAUAAACGGUACGGUUGAGGGUGUCAUACGUGGACACGCCGUGUGUAUACCUUGUAAAAUACGACGAUACGUCGCUCGCGUAAAAGACAGAGAGAGGAAAAAAGAUGGAAUUAAAUAGCGGUGUUACCGAGCGGCCGGUAGGGCCUUCCCCUCCCCCUUCCUCUACCCCUUUGCAUUUACAACGUUGUAAACCUUUGUAUCUCGUUCCUCAUCGCGGACUAAUUAAUGCACUAUAAAACUCUAGUGCUUUAAUGCCGAACGAUUUGCUCGUUUUGCUCCCUCACGCCUGCCGAUUGCAUGCUCGCGGGCUAUUUCGGGUGACGUCUCGAUCUUGCAAGAAGCGCGGAAGAGAUCUCGCGUUUCUCGCGCGCUUCCUUUCAUUUAUGGUUCUCUCGUUGAAAAACAAAAAAAAAAAAAACUCGCCGCCCGUACGACGACGACCAUACGUGAAGGGAAACGCGGGGAAAAUCUCUGCGCGCACACGCACCCCUGUACUUACACUGGCUGUCUCACGAGCGGAAGCGAAUACGCUACCGCCCAAACCUCCCUUUUAUUUGCCAUACACGGAGAUUAUUAGAGCUUAAGAUGAGUGUGGAACACGUCCUGGAAAGGAAAAGGCCCGUUACUCGUGUAGGCAUUUGCCUCAAAUAUUUAUUUUAGAUUUAGACGUCGUCAAGAAAGCUAUGAGCAUUCCGUGCGUCAAAUUAUUUGUGGUUCGAAAAAGAGACAAGGUAAAAUCCAUAAAUUUAUGUAUCCCUCGUCGUAUGUCAGAAAUGUUCGCGAGAUUUCGCUGCGCAGAAUGCUCAUACAGAAAUCCGAUAAUUAGAAUAAUAGUUCUGUACAAUAAUAAAUGCGUUCGGACAGUCUCGUCGGUCCGCAAAGUAACUUUAGAAAAUGAUCUCUCUCGAGAUGGAAUCACAGGUAAGAGGAGAAAAUUUGUUAAACACCGCGAUUUAAACCGAACAAUGACAUUUCAUUUAAAUCGCAAUUUAAUUAACGAUGUUAACGCGAAAAAGUUACGCGAAAAUUACGAGUUUAUCGUGCAGCUUCGAGUAAUGCCGGCGCGGACCUACGGAGACCGUCGCGUAAAGCUAUGCAAGUUAUCGAUUAAAUAAUACUCAUAAUACAAACUUAUUCUGUAUGAUAUCAUUAAAUACACUAGUCAAAAUGA